GUCCCAACCAAUCCACAUGCGCCGGGGAUGGAGCCUGGCUUUCACUGGCCGGCGCGGCGUCUGCGCGCGGGUUUUCGUCGCGUUGCAGCUGCUCGCGGAAGUCGUUGGCGUCAGCGUCAUGGUGUCCGGGUUGAUCGCGCGCCUCGCCCCGCGCCUGGGCCUCGCCGAGCCCGACGUGCUGAGGAAAGCAGAAGAAUACUUGCGACUGUCCCAGGUGAAGUGUGUUGGCCUUUCUGCACAUACCACAGAAACCAGUAAUGCAGUCAUGUGCCUGGACCUUGCAGCUUCCUGUAUGAAGUGCCCCUUGGACAGGGCAUAUUUAAUUAAACUUUCUGGUUUGAACAAGAAGAUGUAUCAGAGCUGUCUUAAAUCUUUUGAGUGUUUACUGGGUCUGAAUUCAAAUAUUGGAAUAAGAGACUUAGCUGUACAGUUUACCUGUACAGAAGCAGUGAACAUGGCUUCAAAGAUACUGCAAAGCUAUGAGUCCAGUCUUCCACAGACACAGCAAGUAGAUCUGGACUUAUCCAGGCCGCUUUUCACCACUGCUGCACUACUGUCAGCAUGCAAGGUUCUAAAGCUAAAAGUGGAUAAAAACAAAAUGGUAGCCACAUCUGGUGUAAAAAAAGCCAUAUUUGAUCGGCUGUGUAAACAAUUAGAGAAGAUUGGACAGCAGAUUGACAGUGAGCCUGGAGAUUUAGGUUCUCCACCACGGAAGAAAAAGAAGACAGUGGUUGAACCCCCAGAAAAGAAAAUAGAGAAGGUAGUAGAGAGCCCACAUAAAUCACGGAAAGAUGAAGAUCAGACACAGGAUUAUGAAGAAUGGAAAAGGAAUAUAUUGGAAAACGCUGCCAAUGCUCAAAAGGGUACAGUAGAGUGAUUGCAACUUCCAGACUGGCAUGUGCUGCAAACUGAUAGUACCUUGUCACCUCCAAAAAGAUUUGAGGGCUUUGGAAUUUUGUUUGAACUUUUAUAACAAGGAUCCUAAGACUAUCGCCUUAGUAGCAAAGAAGCCAGCACUGGGGCUGAGUUCUGGGCAGCAGGCUGGCCCCUGACGUGGGUAACAUUAGAUCAACUACAGUGCCAGAUUGGCAAAGCCUUGGCUCUCCACAGGUCUGCUCUUCUACAAAAUGGAAUUGGAGCCACUUUGCUUUUUUGUUUUGUUUUAAGUAAAACUAAGUCUCCUGUCUUAUACAGAAUAUAACCUUAAGGCUGAAUGGAAUCUUACAGAUUUUACUUAAGUUUUUGUGUAAGUUUUUUGGUUUGAUUGAAUCAACA